AUGUCCAAUUCUGUUGCCAUUGCGGAGCAUUAUGACAUCAUGAGUGCGACGAGUGUUGUGGAUGACAACAAUCACACCUUUAAUUCUUCCGACCAACAAAUGGACUACAACAAUCCUACAUACAGUGAUUAUGAUGCUAGUUACUUAGAGAUGCAGAACCUUAAUACUAUUUUCACAUUCUACAUGCCCCCAAUACUAAUACUUAUUGGAUCAAUCGGAAACAUUCUCACACUGAUUGUGCUUCAUCAGAAAACAUUUAAACCCUACUCAAUCAGUUUCUAUGUAUCAUCCUAUGCUAUAGCCAAUCUACUCACGCUCUAUCUGUUUUUGGGCUCUGAAUGGAUUGCAGGGGUGGCUGAUGAGAAAACAAUAGAUAACCGAUCCGAUUGGUUGUGUCGAUUGUGGCAGUUUAUUAUGCGUGUGAUAUCGUACUCUGGAAUCUGGUUUGUUGUUGCCAUGGUGAUCGACCGGUACAUAGUCAUUUGGCACCCCUGGAAGGUGUCAUCAAUGUGUACUAUCUUCAUGGCUAAAUUUGCGGCGGUCAUCAUCAUCGUAGGACUUGUAGUGGUCAGUAUCCAUGCCAUGUGGACAUACGAACUAAUGAACAAUUGUUUCCCCCUCCACAAUGAGAACGACAUCCAUGCUAUGAUUUGGCCAUGGAUGUCCGCCUCGUUUUACUCAUUUAUCCCCCUUGCACUACUCUUCAUUUUUAAUAUCCUCAUCAUAACAGGUCUCUGCCUUAAGAGGCCAGUCAAGCAUACCCAUAACCUAGGUCCACACCAGAUGGUACUAACACACACAACGCUGGCACUAUCCACUAUCUACUUCCUGUUAGUGCUUCCACCUACUGUGAUGAACGUCAUCAACAAGACGUUUCCGCCAUCUUGGCUACAGGACAGCAAACUGAUGCUCCAGAUGGAGCGUGCGCGAGUCUCGACAUACUUUAUGGCCUGGGUUAAUACUAUUAUUCUCUUUUGUCUGUGCCUUCUCUUCUCUAGAACAUUCCGCAGCGAAUUCCUAGACAUUCUCACCUCCAAAUUGUGUUUCCGUCAUCAAAGUCGUAUCUAUGAACUCCAGGUCGGGUCACAGAGUAGUGCUACCCAGGUGGAAAUGGAUGCCUGUACAGAGACUACGCCAUUGUAA